CAAUAAUAAAUAUUCUGAAUACAUGAGUUGGGGUGAACCAGUAGAAGUCAACAUACAAACACAAGAUAAAGCAAAUGAUGCACCUUAAAGUAAUUGGGGUAAUACAGAAUAAGGCUGGGGCAAUAAUGAUGGUCAAUAAUAGGAUGCUCAAUAGGUAUCGAAUAACUUAUUUGUUAUUAGGGACAAGAUAAUGCAUAGGAUGAAAGAAAAGGGAAAGGCAAAAAAGGCAAAAAAAGAGAAGCUUCUCCUCCUCCUGUAAAAAGGGUUAGACCUAAUCCAAUAGUUAUUGUAGUCGAUGAGAAUGAAGAUAGCGAAACACAAAAUAUUAUCAUAAAUGAAUGCCCUAAAUUGUAAAAUAAGAACAAGGGUUUGAUUUAGAAUGAUAAUAAGUAAAUUUGUUAUGAGGGUAAUCUCAAGAUUGAAGACUGUGUUGUAAAUACUAGGUUUGUAAGUUUUGAUUUAGAAUAACAAGUGAAAAUUGAUUGUAUUGGAGAAUAUACAGUUGAGAAUGCAAAGGAUUUAUUAAAAACCCUCAAUGAUUAGGUGAUAAUUGGUGUAGUUGAAGGUUUAGAUGAAGAGAAUCAGAAAGUGAUCAAUAAAUUGGCUGAUAAUUUGUUAGAUAAACAAUAAUCAAUUAAAUUUAAGGAUCUAAGUCUAUUUAGUAUUAAACAACUUUAUAAAAUUGAAAAUAAAUCAAGAUUGGCAUUUAUUAAAUAAAUAACUUAAUGA